AUGAAUUUUCCCAGACCUAAUUCAGGCUUGUCGGAAGCCGAGCAGCAAGCUGCUAUGGCUAAGACGAUGGAGAAUGCCAUGCAAAACUGCUUCGUCAAGUCCGCGAUAUCCGGCGUGAUGGGUUUCGGUAUGGGCGGUCUCUUCGGAUUAUUCAUGGCGUCGAUGGCCUACGACACGCCCUACCACACCGCCGGAGGCGCCGGCACAGCACCCAUCACCUCGCUCCCCCUUCGACAGCAGCUUCAGCACGGCUUCAAGGACAUGGGGCAAAGGUCCUGGUCCACCGCCCGGAACUUCGGUAAAGUCGGCGCCCUCUUCGCCGGCAUCGAGUGCGGUGUCGAGGGUUUCCGCGCGAAGAACGACCUUGCCAACGGUGCGAUAUCGGGUUGUCUAACGGGCGCCAUCCUCGCUAGGAAUGCUGGUCCGCAGGCGGCGGCGGGCGGCUGUGCUGCUUUUGCUGCUUUUGGUUUGGCGAUUGAUGCGUGGAUGAGGCAGCCUAAGGAUGAGUAA